AUGCAGGCAAACGGGCCGUUGGCGGUCGGCCUCCAGCGUCUCCUUCCGGGUCUGCCGGAGAACGCGACGGAGGGCGCCCUUGUGGAUGCCCUGCUACGCUGCUGCCAGGAGUGGGGCGUUACCGCAGAGGCGGAGCUGUUGCUUUUGCUAACAAGCGAUCUACCGUUCGUGCAGCGGCGAAUAACGACGGCCGUGCAGCGGGGACAGAGACGGCAGUCAUCUUUUCAUGCCGCGGAAGUUCAGCAUUUUCUUCAGCAAGCGCUCUUGUCUCUUAGCAGGCAACAUCUUCUUCAGAAGCAUGGACUAACCUCUUUCGAGUUGCCAAGUGUCGACGCCGGCCUUGCAGCGAUAUCGCGCAGUGUCGAGGAUUUGCUUUUCCCGCCGGAUGCCGAGGGGUUGGCGCCAGUCAGAGCGAUGCAUGACGGGGCUUUUUGCUUCACCACGGGGUGCCUGUCUCUAGACCGCCUUCUCAGCGGCAGUAGCUGCGUUGCGGGGAAGGGCGCGUAUGAGGGUGGGUUUCGUGCUGGCUUUCUGUCCGAGUUGUACGGUGAGGCGGGCAGCGGGAAGACGCAGCUCGUUCUUCAGAGCCUCCUUCAGUGUGUGGCGGAGCACCUGUGUGAGCCGUGGACGCCGUCGGCCACACUUGCUCGGUGCCCUGGCGGACCCACGGCGAGAGGGGCGACGGCGCUGUACAUUGUCUCCGAGGACUUUCCGGCCGCGCGGCUCGCGGCGCUGGCUGCCGGGGCCGUGAAACGGGCGAAGCAGAAGGCGCUCCGCCUCUCCUCGCACCUUCCACCGGCGACCGUUGAUAGCCUAAAGGCGUCCCUGGAAGACUCGGUGACGGUGAGGGCGGUUUUGACGGGGCUCCACAUCCGUCGCGUGGGGACGCUGGGGGAACUCGUGCGUCUGCUCCGCGACGGCACCUUGUCGCGGGCCUUUCAUGCCCUGGGGGGCCGCGGGAUGGUGGCGGUGGACUCCAUUGCGGGGGCGGCUGCCGCAGGCGGCGGCGGCGAUGAGCUGGCGGUGGAGGUGAUGCUGGCGGGGACGCUGCUGAAGACGUUUGCGCUGCGGGAAAACGCCGCCGUGCUCGUCACCAAUCAGGUGCGCGCAGUGCUCUCCGCUGGGGCGCAGCGGCGGCACGGCGGCAGGGAGGCGGUGGUCCCCGCGCUCGGGAUCCAGUGGUCGCUGGCGCCGCACGUGCGCAUCCACCUCCAGCGUCUUCAGGGCGCGGGCGGCACGACGCACCGACAGCUUAUUGUGCUCUCGGGCCCCUCAAAUCCGCCUGUUUGCGGCGGCUACACCAUCGACACGGAUGGCAUUCGCGGCGACUCGUGA